GUCAGCUUGAAAGACCCGUGUCAUACCUAGGUACCUACCUGGAUACACUGAUCAUUGAUGAAGUGCCUGGCAUUACCUAGGUACCUGACUGGUAGUUCUCCGGGCUUAGUUUGUCCGGACCGCAUAGAAGUCCUUAACCACCCCGUGAGCAGGGAUCAUGCCUUCUUAGCCAGGGGUGAUGACGACUGAUGAAGUCAGAGACGUUUGCACAUCGUCUUGUAGCUCCGUAUCCCGUAUUGAUUGGCCAAGUCUCCCUCAACUUGCACUCAGAAGGCGUAAUCUGGGAAAUAGGAGUUUGCGGGCAUUUAAUCGAGAUUCUGGAUGAUGAAAUAUGGCGGCAAAUCGAGAGUGCCUUGGAAACAAAGGGCAAUCACUGUUAUCGAAGCUGGCUUCACAUCAGUAUAAGAAGUCGACAAGUCCGGACCUCUUAAACAAAAUAUUUUAUUAUCAUCAGUAACAAACAACAUCAACACCAACCAAGUCCUAAAAUCUACAAGCAAAUUUUGAUACCCCAUACUAUAUCUACUUCAUUAGCUAUCCCACACAACUAUUCAAUAUGUCCGGCGUUAUUAACAAAGUUAAGGAAGCCGUCUCCGGUCACCACUCUUCCACGACUCACGGCAGCGCACCUGAGGGUACACACGGACCCCACAACAGCCGAGUAGGCAAUGCUGCAGACCCAAGAGUCGACAGUGACCGCGAUAACCGCGCCGCCCCAGGCUCGACCGUUGAUGGCUCUCACGCAUAUACCUCUGGAGGCAACUACACUCACUCUGGAGCUGGCACCACUGGUGCUCACCAAGAAGGUGUCUCAGGACCCCAUAACACGCGCCUAGCGAACGCUGCCGACCCCCGAGUUGACUCAGACCGAGAUGGACGUUUCGCGGGUAACACCGCCGGAGACUAUGGUGGUAGUGGCCGGGAAGGUGUCGCUGGACCCCACAACUCUCGAAUAGCCAAUGCCGCUGACCCUCGCGUCGACUCGGACCGAGAUGGCUCCCGCACCGCUGGCAACACAUACGGUAGCUCCGGCACCGCUGGAACUACCGGCACCGGCUACAGCGGCACCACAGGCACCACAGGUAACACCUUGGGAAGCUCCGGAGGAAUAGGGUUCGGUUCGACUACCGGAACUCACGGGUAUGACUCUACCACCGGUGCUACUCACGGCCUAGGUGGAGCCCACGGCUUAGGUGGAACCACCGGUGCUACCGGUACUCACGGUACAACCGGAACUCAUGGGACAACCGGAACUCACGACACAACCGGAACUUAUGGAACAACUGGCACUCACCAUAAUGCCCACUCCGGCCCUGGCCCCGCUCCCGACACCGCCGGUCCCCACAGCAGCAACAUUGCCAACAAGCUUGACCCCCGAGUCGACAGCGAUCUUGACCAUUCUCGGACCGUCGGCGGCGAUAAGACUUACCAGUCGUAAGUGCGCCAUUGUCGCCUUUGAUUUCGGCUCGCGAUUUUUCCGUAUGUGGACAAAACUUUAUUAACGAUUGCCUGAAGCGGGAACCAUGUUGCCAAAGACCCUACAGACGCUGCUCAGGUGCCCCCUUCUACCUUACGCGCGCACGUUGGGGAGCCGGUAGCUGCUCACGGCACUCAUAAACACCACUGAACAAAAAGCAACACCGCUGGGUCGAUUCAGGAGAGGCAUAACGACUUAUAAGGGGGGAAGUUUUUUUUGGUAAUGAUGGAAUGAACAAUUUUAUGAUACGAUAAUUGUAUACUAGUUUCAUCUGUUGCAUGGUAUCCCAAACGGGAAAUGAAGAUAACUAUUCCUAUGACAAUAUCGCGGAACGGUCUUUUUUUCUAAUGUGAUAAUUCUCCAUAUUGAUUUUCGCUACGUCCUCAAGUGCGAA